AUGCCAAACCCCAGAGUUUACUUCGACAUCACUAUCGGCGAUGCCCCCGCCGGCAGGAUUGAAAUUGAGGUAAGGAGCAGAGCAAAUCGAGAUGUUUCGGAAUAAAUAUAACUUAACUUUACAUCUUUAAAAUAAUUGCUUAAUUCUCGUUAGGGUCUGCUUUAGCUCGCUGCCAGAUAGUUGCAUGCAACCGGGAUGGUGUCAGACUCGGGUCCACGUGCUUUCAGCUUUGACAUGUUUACUAACUGGCUAACGUUAGCUAACUAACGUUACUGUACUUAGUUUCAUUGAAAGCUCCCCAACUUUGCUCGAACCUCACUUGAUCUGCAUACAUUUUAAACAAUGUCUAGUCAAUGAUUGAGUGGGGUUUGUAUUUGCUGUUCUUGCAUUUUCAUUGGGCAUUAACGCAAUAUUAAAAGCCAUGUUUUGCGUUGUUUUCUUGUCGGUAUCUAAAUCAGCGUUGUUUCUGGAGCAGAGGUUUUACCAUCCUGAUGUAAAAUAAUGGUCUUACUUUCGCAAUAAUAAUCCCAUGCUCCUGCAAUCAUGGAACUGAAAAUAUGUGCGCGUAAAAUAGUUAAUUGCGUUGUUUAGAUUAACAUAGCUAACGUUGGUUUCUGCUGUUUCACUCAAGUUUUCCGGACAUGCCAUUUUUAGCCAGUCGCCAUUUUCAGCAUAUUUUCUUUUCAUAGCGCCAGAUGCCAUUUUGAAAAAGGAGGGAUGUGUGGUUAAGGGAACGCAAUGUACCUAAAAGCACACCGCAGCCAAUACUUUGAUUUGGUGCAAUCGACAAAUUGUAAUGAAUUGAUUAAUCUGGUAAUUUAUCCCAGCCCCAUUAUUAUUAUAAGGCACCAAGGAGAAUGUGGUCCUCCGUAGUUCAAUUGGUAGAGGAUGGCGCUUGUAACGCCAGGGUAGUGGGUUCGAUCCCCGGGACCACCCAUACGUAAAAAUGUAUGCACAGAUGACUAAAUCGCUUUGGAUAAAAGCGUCUGCUAAAUGGCAAAACAAAAAUAAGUGGACUAUGGUCCCUCUGCAAUCCGCUGUACUGCGGUGUAACGUUAUGCUAACUGUUUAUUGUUAUGAAAUAUGCUAUAAAGGCCAUACAUUUUCAGCUGCCGGACCUUUCUCUCUAUGCGGUAAAACCUUGCUGCUGUUUACUGCUGCAUACUUGUUUUCCAUUCAAACAGCACGUGGCCCUAGAUAGCCUGUAUGCCCAUUCACUCCCUUCACAAUAUCUGCAUUAUUUAGAAUGGCAUUAACUUACAUCUCAGAUUUGGUUGACUAGUUGUAGGUGCAGUGGCGCACACCAGAACGCAUUUAAGGCCAGCCAUCCACCCGCAAGCCUGGCGCGAAAUGCAGGAGAAAAUUCCCUAUUUUUUUUUAAACAUCAAACGUUACACAAUAUCUUCCAAAUGGCAAAAUGGAGUGUAGUACUUGGUGAUUCUUGUAGCAUUGCCUUUUGAUUCGUUUUGGACAAUUUCUCCAAACAUUUUGUCAUCCCGUGGGAGGGAGCACGUGGCCGUGCAGCUGACACCAAUUGUUUACGGCCAUGAUGCCAGUAGCUCUGGUGCUUCUUGCUAAGCUAAACAUUGUAGUGUAGGUACAGAAGUUGGUCAAAAUCACAGAUCUAGAAAAAGUAUAUCCUCCCUAAAUCUUUACCUUUACCCACACUAGGGCACGGGACACUCAAAACUGAUCUUAGACCAGCCUCUAUGGGGAUGGGGCAACUUUAUCCUACAACAUUGGCCCAAUGACUAUGGAGGACUAAAAGUGCCACAAUUAAAUAAAUAAAUAAAUACACCAUUAAAUAAUUACUUAAAUGUGUCAUUAAUUAAUUAAAAUUAGAAUUAAAUACAUAAAUGUGUAAUUAAAUGUAUCAUUAAUUAAUUCAAAUACCGAUUCAUUUUAUGUAAAAUACAUAUAUAAUUAUUUCACUAUUUACAUUUACAUUUCAUGAUCCUGCAUUGCAGUGAUUCAUGAAUUACUUAAAACUGUCAAACUGACCCAUCAAAGUCAGUGGGCGGGGCUAACGCGAAUCUAGUCUGAUCCAUUGCUUUGGUCUGAAGUAGAGUAGGCCAACCUGGAUAGAGACAAUGGAGGAUCUCCGUGAACUUUCCAGGGAGUUGGUUAGAGACAUUUUAAACUUAGCCGAGGAUGUAGAAGCAGGACCUGCUGACAUUAUCCGGAAUUGAUUUGUCUUGGCUUGAUGCAGAGGGUAACCAAUCAGGCGUUAGGUUCCGCCUACCAACUUUUGAUGGGUCAGUUUGACAGUUUUAAGUAAUUCAGGAAGCACUCCAACGCAGGACCAUGAAAUGUAAAUGUAAAUAGUGAAAUUAUUAUAUAUGUAUUUUACAUAAAAUGAAUCGGUAUUUGAAUUAAUUAAUGACACAUUUAAUAACACAUUUAUGUAUUUAAUUCUAAUUUUAAUUAAUUAAUGACACAUUUAAGUAAUUAUUUAAUGGUGUAUUUAUUUAUAUGACCGCAGUAGUGAAUUCCUUUUUCCUUGAACUUGUUCCUCAUCUAAGGAGUGGAAAAGUACUGGGCUACAGCUGGGGGUGUGUCUGGGGCUGGAGGAGGGAGGGAAGUGAGAAGAGGGGCUGUGUCAGCUGGAAUCUGGCAUUUCAUGCUGAGGCCCUCCCAUCACAGUAGCUGCCUGGUGGAGGGAAAGGCAUGUUGUGUAAGGGCCUAUAUGUCAACGUUCACUUUUCACAGGUGGUUGGUGCUUGGCAGGAAUAUAAUAUAGCCUAAUUUGCUCUAGACACUGAUCUAACAUAAUCCCAUCCCUCCUAAUGUAUUUUAAAGGAUUUUGGGUAAACUGAUCCUAGAUCAGUACCUUAAGGCAAAGAGUGAUUUCAUUUUAUACCAGUAGUUAGCUGGUAAUGUAAUGUGAGCAGGUGGAUUGUAUGAGGUGAGUGAGAUGGUGCACACUACACUUGACAUGUGUCAUGCUGUGGAAUUCAGUGACAUCAUUGCCUGUAGCUGUAGUGGCCAGUUGUUGCUAGUCGAUUGCCCCAGACUGACUGUCAUGCGAUAGGUUGGAAAUGGUGUCUGUAGAGAUGCACCUUUGUCCCACACAAUCAGUAGCUGUUAACAUUAACUUGUCCAGUGAAUAGAUAGAUCACAUAAAAUAGUGUAGAUGCGACAAUUGCCUGCUAGGUUAUGUUUCCAUUUGAACUAUCUUGUGUCGAUUUAAAAACAGCUGGAGACGUAAUGACAUCACCCCAACAAAAAAACUUUAGCAAAAACCUAGUGUCGAAUAAAAAUGUAGUGGUUGAAGUGUUUCCUUUACCCAUUUAGGCAAAUUGUGCCUAAUAAAUUGGUGGCAGCCUGUAUGCCCUCCCACCUAUGUUUCAUACCUCGGGUAGCCUGCGAAAGCCAGCAUCGAUAGACUGCAAUAAUUGACUAAUAUUUGGCAUAUUCUAAUAAUUCUCAUGUGCCAACAUAUUGCCAAGGUCUGUGCUAUGUUGAAACUUGCACGCCUGUAGAUCUGAAAUAAUUGGUUGCUGUAACUUGCCAGCCUACCAGAAAAGUAAGAUGACGCAAUUCGGUCAUUCUUGAAAGUCAGGACAAUCCUUGUCCUGCAAAGAAACAUUAUUUUUUAAAUAUUUAUUUUGCCAGCAUUUAGAAUUAAAUGUGGCGUAGAGCUUAUAGUUACAUGAUGACAUCACGUGCCCUGCGUACCUUCAAAAGUAUUUGGCAAUCAUCAUUUAGUCGAAGAACACGGUUUCAUUUGUUGCAAUAAAGUUAGACAAAAGACAAAUCCAUCCCAGUUGAACAGAUACAAAUUGUUGAUAUUUAGAAAACGUCUAUAUAUGCAGUUUCCAUUACACGUGUCGCUAUUUAUUUAUUUUUUAUGACAUUGCUUUUGUCGAAUAAACCUUGGUCAUUGGAAACAUGCCUACUGUCUUGUGAUUCUCACAUGGGAGUUGUUCUAGCUCAGAAUAAGUCUAGAAGCAACACCUAGAAUCGAAGUUGUUUAGACUCUAGCCCCCGUCUGCUUUGGGUCCUGUGGUCAAUGCUUUAGCUGUAGUCUUUUAUUACCCUGGGUUAUAAUGAUCACGUUAUUCCUUAGUGACAACUUGAGCUCUACCUCCAUUGAUCUCCAUGCUGUUUCCCCUUCAUUUAUUGGGUAUAUGUUGUGAAAUUGUUAAAUAUUACUGCACUGUCGGAGCUAGAAGCACAAGCGUUUCGCUACACCCGCUAUAACAUCUGCUAAACACGUGUGUGACAAAUAACAUUUUAUUUAUACUAAUGAAAAGCCCUCUUCUCUUCUUGCAGCUUUUCGCUGAUGUGGUCCCCAAGACUGCAGGUAAGACUGCUUCAAUGAUUGACAUUUCCUGAAUAAUAAACACAUACACUCUGCAAGUGAUGUUUAUCUCACAAUGGUCUUCCAAGCCUUGUGGUUGUGACGUUGCCUUCUAAUGGCAACAAAAUUGACGCUGUCCAACCUUCCCCACGCUCCUCACCCCCUUCAAUGGCGCCUUUUGUGUCAUCAGUGAGCUCUGGUCCCCGAAGGCCAGCAGCAUACGUUUAGUUCCAUCUACGCUACAUGACAAAAUGCAUUGCUGAAUGAUCAGAUAUCAUAUACAAUGCAACAGCUGAUGCAUAUAAAUGCAAAAGAGCAAGGCUGCUUCCUGUUAGUAAUUAAGUAGCAUUGAGCGGCCCUGGCCAACCUUGUCAGUCUUGAUAGAUUUCAGUGAUCAGGAGCAGAAAACCACUAUUUUGACUUCAUGCAACCUUUAUGCCUUUAAAUGGAUAAGUGGGGAUUUUGGCAAUGAGACCCUUAAACUACUUCCCCAGAGUCGGGUGAACUCGUGGAUACCAGUUUUAUGUCUGUGUCCAGUAUGAAAGAAGUUGGGUGUAUCUGCAUGCUAGCAUACAGUGCAUUCGGAAAGUAUUCAGAACCCUUCGCUUUUUCCACAUUUUGUUACGUUACAGCGUUAUUCUAAAAUAGAUUAAAUACAUCUCCAAUCUACACCCAAUACCCCAUAAUGACAAAGCAAAACAGGUUUUUAGAAAUUUGUGCACAUUUAUAAAAAACAGAACUUAUUUACAGAAGUACUCAGACCCUUUGCUAUAAGACUCAAUUGAGUUCAGGUGCAUCUUGUUUCUAUUGCUCAUCCUUGAUGUUUCUAUAAUUUUGAUUGGAGUCCACCUUUGGUAAUUUCAAUUGAUUGGACAUGAUUUGGAAAGGCACACACCUGUCUAUAUAAGGUCCCACAGUUGACAGUGCAUGUCAGAGCAAAAACCAAGCCAUGAGGUCGAAGGAAUUGUCCCUAGAGCUCUGUGACAGGAUUGUGUCGAGGCACAGAUCUGGGGAAGGGUACCUUUUUGAAGGUCCCCAAGAACACAGUGGCCUCGAUCAUUCUUAAAUGGAAGAAGAUUGGAACCACCAAGACGCUUCCAAGAGCUGGCCACCCGGCCAAACUGAGCAAUUGGGGGAGUAGGGCCUUGGUCAGGGAGGUGACCAAGAAUCUGAUGGUGAAUCUGACAGAACUCCAAAGUUCCUCUAUGGAGAUGGGAGAACCUUCCAGAAGGACAACCAUCUCUGCAGCACUCUACCAAUCAGGCCUUUAUGGUAGAGUGGCCAGACGGAAGCCACUCCUCAGUAAAAGGCACUACAGCCCGCUUGGAGUUUGCUAAAAGGCACCUAAAAGACACUGACCAUGAGAAACAAGAUUCACUGGUCUGAUGAAACCAAGAUUGAACUCUUUGGCCUGAAUGCCAAGCGUCACGUCUGGAGGAAACAUGGCACCAUCCCUACAGUGAAGCAUGGUGGUGGCAGCAUCAUGCUGUGGGGAUGUUUUUCAGUGGCAGGGACUGGGAGACUAGUCAGGAUCGAGGGGAAAAAUGAACAGAGCAAAGUACAGAGAUCCUUGAUGAAAACCUGCUCCAGAGCGCUCAGGACCUCAGACUGGGGUGAAGAUUCACCUUCCAACAGGACAACGACCAUACGCACACAGCCAAGACAACGCAGGAUUUGCUUCGGGACAAGUCUCUGAAUGUCCUUGAGUGGCCCAGCUAGAGCCCGGACCUGAACCCGAGUGAACAUCUCUGCAGAGACCUGAAAAUAGCUGUGCAGCGACACGCCUCAUCCAACCUGACAGAGCUUGAGAGGAUCUGCAGAGAAGAAUGAGACACUCCCCAAAUACAGGUGUGCCGAGCUUGUAGCGACAUACCCAAGAAGACUCGAGGCUGUAAUCACUGCCAAAGGUGCUUCAACAAAGUACUGAGUAAAGGGUCUGAAUACUUAUGUAAAUGUGAUAUUAAAAGUGUUUUUAUAAGGCUGUAACAUAACAUAAUGUGGAUAAAGUCAAGGGGUCUGAAAUCUUUCAGAGUGCACUGUAUAGCAAUAGACUUCCAGUCAUUGCGCUAAUGCUGGUCAUAGUGGACACGGAGAUAUAACAAUUGUAUCCACGAUUUCAUCUGACUCUAGGGAAGUAGCUAAAUGGCCUCAUUUGUAAAAUUACGAAGUAUCCUUUUAAGCAGCUUUGCACAUAUCACUGACUAUAACAGGGUGCCUGUUUUUUCCCCCCCCAGAGAACUUCCGUGUCCUGUGCACCGGGGACAAGGGGUUCGGCUACAAGGGCUCCAGCUUCCAUCGCAUCAUCCCCGGUUUCAUGUGCCAGGUGAGCGGUGGGUUGGUUGGGUGGGUGGCAGCAGACUCUGGGUUGCUGUUUCCAGACUAAACUCAAUAGUCCCAAAGGCUGCUUCUGCUCCUCAAUCCGGCGCUGAUAUGAAUAAAGUGUCUCAAACAAGAAGUGCUGUUCUAGGAUAAUUUGUUGCCUUUUAGAUCAUAAUGAAUAAGAUUAUAUGGGGGGGGGGGGGGGCCUCAACCUAGAUUGGCACUUAUCCUCUGAGACUCUUUCUGAAUAUGGGCCCUGAUCUGAUUUAGAUUUGACUGGUGCAACCAGGCCCAAUGCUGGGCCCCUACCAACCAUAAUAAUAAUUUUCAAUCAUUCCCUGCCAGUGAUAUUUUUCUCACGGUGGUCUUCCGAGCCACGUGGUCGUGACGACACUGCCUAAUGGCAACAACACUGAUGCAGUCCCCCAACAUGCCUCAAAGUUGGGAUUCUUGUGGAAUACAGGAGCCUUGUCAGUGGCAUGAUUAGAGAAAGGGGAUAGCUAUACAAAGAAAAUGGUCAUGAUGUCCCUUAUUCUUUGCCUUCCCCCAGGGUGGCGACUUCACCAACCACAAUGGAACCGGGGGCAAGUCCAUCUAUGGCAACAAGUUUCCCGAUGAGAACUUUACCCUGAAGCACACAGGCAUGGGCUGUCUGUCCAUGGCCAACGCCGGCCCCAACACCAACGGAUCCCAGUUCUUCAUCUGCACUGCUAACACCGACUGGUGAGGAGCAUAUAUAUAUCUCUCACACACACACACACACACACACACAUACAGUUGACACUGAUUGGUGAGAUGAGUUCAUUGAUUUGAAAUUUAGUGAAUAAUUUACAUGCAUACUCUGCAAGUGAUGUUUAAAUCACGACGAUCUUCCAAACCUUGUGGUUGUGACGACACUACCUACUGGUAACAAAACUGAUGCAGUCCACCCUUCCUAACACUCCUCAGACCCUUCAAUGGUGUCUCUCUCUGAUAAAUGCGCGCACACACACAAACUGCGGAAACUAAGACACGUCCUCACUAGUGUAAAGGAGUGUCCUACAGGGCAGCGCACCAAUGGUAGGGCUGGUACAGUAAUCGGGUAAAUUACUUUAUUUAAGUAGAUAUACACAGAACAAAAAUAAACGCAACAUGUAAAGUGUUGGUCCCAUGUUUCAUGAGCUGAAUUAAAAGAUCCCAGAAAUGUUCCAUAUGCACAAAAAGCUUAUGUCUCUCCAAAUUUUGUUCACAAAAUUACAUCCCUGUUAGUGAGCAUUUCUCCUUUGCCAAGAUAAUCCAUCCACCUGACAGGUGUGGCAUAUCAAGAAGCUGAUUAAACAGCAUGAUCAUUACACAGGUGCACCUUGUGCUGGGGACAAAAGGCCACUCUAAAAUGUGCAGUUUUGUCACAACACAAUGCCACAUGUUUUUGAGUGAGCACGCAAUUGGCAUGCUGACUGCCCAAAUGUCCACCAGAGCUGUUGCCAGAUAAUUGAAUGUUAAUUUCUCUACUAUAAGCCGCCUCCAGCAUCGUUUUAGGCCUCACAACCGCAGACCAUGUGUAUGGUGUCGUGUGGGCUAGCAGGGUGCCAACGUUGUGAACCGAGUGCCCCAUGGUGGCGGUGGGCUUAUGGUAUGGGCAGGCAUAAACUACAGACAACGAACACCAUUGCAUUUUAUCGAUGGCAAUUUGAAUGCACAGAGAUACCGUGACGAGAUCCUGCGGCCCAUUGUCGUGCCAUUCAUCUGCCGCCAUCACCUCAUGUUUCAGCAUAGUAAUGCACGGGCCCAUGUCGCAAGGAUCUGUACACAAUUCCUGGAAGCUGAAAAUGUCCCAGUUUGUCCAUGGCCUGCAUACUCACCAGACAUGUCACCCAUUGAGCAUGUUUAGAUGCUCUUGAUCGACAUGUAUGCCAGCGCGUUCCAGUUCCUGCCAAUAUCCAGCAACUUCGCACAGCCAUUGAAGAGGAGUAGGACAACAUUCCACCGGCCACUAUAAACAGCCUGAUCAACUCUAUGCGAAGGAGAUGUCGCGCUGUAUGAGGCAAAUGGUGGUCAGACCAGAUACUGACUGGUUUUCUGAUCCACUCCCCUACCUUACAUUUGUAUUUAUUUAUCUGUGACCAACAGAUGCAUAUCUGUAUUCCCAGUCAUGUGAAUUCCAUAGGCUAGGGCCUAAAUGAAUGGAUUUCAAUUGACAGAUUUUCCUUAACUCAGUAGAAUCUUUGAAAUUGUUGCCUAUUUUCAGAUUUUUGUUCAGUAUACUUUACCCAAUAGCCCCGGCCCUGCUGCAGUGCCUACUGCUAGUGCCAGGGAGAAGGCCAGGAGAAAUGUCAUUUUAUAUUUUGAACGGGUAUAGUGAUGACCUUCAUUUGACUGACAAAUAAUCCUUACCCAGAAUUCCAUGAUCGUCACAGCCUUUGACUACAAACAUGUUUUGUUGAACAGUUCCUGGUUGCCCUAAACCUCAGGAAGAACGCUGCUGUAACUACUGAGGUGCUGAUCUCGCUCUCUCCCUCUGUAGGCUGAACGGCAAGCACGUUGUUUUCGGCAAGGUCGUGGAGGGGCUCAGCAUUGUCGCUAACAUGGAGAAGAAGGGUUCCAGCAGCGGCAAAUGCUCUGCCAAGGUCGUCAUCGCUGACUGUGGAGAGCUCUGA